AUGGCUAACAAAGAAAAUGAGAUAAUCGAACUAAAUGUUGGUGGUACAUAUUAUACAACGUCGAAGGCGACAUUAUGUUCGCAAGAUUCAAUGCUCAAAUCUUUGUUUCAUUUUCCACUAGUUUAUGAUCAACAAAAAGGUAUCUUCAUCGACAGAGAUGGUCAACACUUUCGAUACAUCUUGAAUUAUUUACGUGAUGGCUACAUUGAUAUUCCUUCUGAUCCAAUUGUUCAAAAUGAACUUUUACGCGAAGCUCAGUAUUAUUGUCUUGAUAAUUUAGUAAAAUUUCUCAAGAUAGAAAUGGAUGCAUUGAUUUUGUCUGAUGAAUUCAAAUUUGUUGGCAAAUGGAUAUAUCGAACACAUGAUUACACAUAUGAUUUCAAGAUGACUCUUAAAAUCAAAGGUGACUACAAGGAAGAAAUGCAAAAUGUCCCCAUUGAAGGUUUUAUUUUAUGGUCACUAGAAAAAGCUCCAGAAAAUUCACAUAUUUUUCAUCGCAUUGGAGAUUAUGGUCGAGAAUUUGUCGAAGGUACAUAUUAUAGAGAUAAAUAUCAAAUAGAAUUUGAAGGUGUGAGAAAAGACGUUAGUGCUGAAGGUUUAAUAGCUCUUGAUCAAUAUCGAAUUACUUUGAGUGAAGAUGGACAAUCAUUUGAAGGUGUUACAUCGGGAAAUGAAGUACGAACAAAAUCUUAUGCUGAAUCUAAUACAGCACUACCUAUAUUAUCAACAAAUGGAAAAGAUAAUAGUGCUGAAGAAGUUAUUUGA